UGUCCAGAGCACCUCACCCCCCCCAUUACAUCAGAUGUCAAGAAUCCUACACCCUCCCUAACAUCACCGUGCACCCCCUUUGGGGGUAGAGCUGGAAAGCAGAAAGUGCAGGGUCUGGAGGAGGACCAGAAGAGGAAUGCAGUCAUUUACCAGAGUGUGCUGAAUGCUGAAACCAGGGGACGCAGAGAUGAGGGGGUGCUGCAGCUGCACUGCACUGACAGGUGCAUCAUUUGGCAGAGGAGUUCUAUUCUCCUCUCUGCCGCCGACUGCUGAGACAAGGUGGGGACGGAGACAAGGGGGUACCUGCUGGAGAGGUGUAAGGGCCACAUGAAAUGAACUGGAGGGCCGGAUUCAUCCCCUGGGCCUUGUGUUUGACACCU